GCUGUGACUCAGCCCCGCACCCGCCCCGGCUCUUCAUAAGGCGGCGGAGGCGGCCGUGGGCCCACAGCGCCCGACACCAUGGCGGCCCUCAGCCUCCUCCUCCUCCUCCACCUCUGCGCUGACGCGGUGGCACCGGAGCCACACCAGCACGUGGCACAGCAGAGCGUGGCCUGGCAGGAGCCUGACAUCAAACAACUGCUGCAGGAGGAGCUGGACCCCCAGGUGCCCCCCGAUGUCCUGGUGGCGGUGAUGGGCACUGUGACCCCCCACCCUCCCAGCACCUUGGAUGGCUUCCCCCCUGCCUGGCCCGUGGACGCCGCCGUCACCCGCCAUUGCUGUCAGCCUCCUCGGCCGCCCCCGACCCCUCUGCUACCCCCUACCUCCUUCAGCCACCUGCGCCGGCAGGCGGCCGCGCUCAACGCCUUCCGGCCCCGCCUCGACGCCUGCUGCCACCAUGACACCCCGCUGUCCUGCGCCCGCCAUGCCUGGACGGAUGUUCUGGAUGGAUUCUGCGCUGAUGAAUUUGGGGUGAAGACGCGGCAGUUCCACUGCUGCCGGCAGCACGGCAAGGCACGGCGCCGGUGCUUCAUCCAGAGCUCCAACGCCACUACCAAGGCCAUCGUCAGCCACGAGGCCAUCGCCGUCACCACCUGGGACCCCGUCAUCGAGCCGCUCUUCCCGCCCGGUGAGCCCACGGAAGCCAACAUGGACAACAUCUGCCGGCUGCGGGCGCUGCGUCCCGGCCCCAACGGCCGCUCUGGGCCCCGUGUCCGCAUGCGACUGCGCCUGGAACGUGACUACGGCCGCUGCUGCCGCAACGGGAGCCUCACCUGUGCCCACAACGCCUGGCAGAAGGGGCUGGAUCGGUUCUGCCGGGAGGAGGCGGCAGUGAAGACGGGGCAGCACCGGUGCUGCCGGCACGGGGGUCCCCACUCCCGCGCCCGCUGCUUCGCUGCUGUCGCCCCGUUCCCCGCGUACGACCGCGAGCUGCACAACGUGAGCCUCGUCCAGCCCGACAGCGCCCUGCUGCGCUUGCUCUGCGCCCCCACCCGCCUGCUGUCCAAGAGGCGCCCAGUGCCGGAGCUGCUGGGGGCCGUGACAGCCGCGUGCUGCCCGCUGCCCCCCAAAAACCAAAGUGCCUGUGCCCAGGAGCAGCUCUCCCAGGGCAUCGCCACGCUCUGUGCCAGCUCCUGGCGUGACCCCCACGGCUGCUGCUCGCACGAGAACCCCGUUGAGCGGCGUCGCUGCUUCAACGCCUCGUACCUGAACAAGGUCACCCUGGGGGCUGCCGUGCCCCCCCCACCGCCCGGCCACGACGAGUAACCCCCCGCCACAGACCGAGGGGACAAUAAAGGUGCUGUGCUGUCA